CUACAAAACAAUUAAAUUAAAAGAUUUUAUAGCUUUUAUGUUAAAAGAGGAAAAAUUUUUGCUUAGGAUUAGAAUUAUUGCUAAACAUAAAGUUAAAAAAAUCAAAGAAAAUUCCGAAAUAUUUAAUUUUUAUCUUUCUUAA